AUGGCACCGACAUCAGCAGAAGUUCGCAAACAGAAUGCCAUCAACAACCUUUCAACCUCGGUUCCACAGAUAUUCAACGACGCACAAAAGCCAAAUGCAACACAGCGAAAGCAUGCAGUAGCGCUACGCAAGAUCCAAGAGCAGUGUGCCUUGAAUUCACCAGCCAGGAAAGGUCACCCUCAUGACAUCGACCCUGAAGGCGAGGGCAAGUUCAACGCUGAAGUCAUUCGCAACAUUAACAAGAUUCUGAACGUUCGUAAACGUGAGCCACACGCCGAUCGUAUUGUACGCUUUAUUGCUACCUUCAUGCAGUACACACAACAACUAGAUACCACCGAGGAUAGCGACGAGGAUGAUGAGCAAGAUGAGGAUGAUAAUGAGAAUGAAGAAAACGAGUAUCUAUCAGCUCGAUUUGUGGAGCAUCUCUUACGGCAUUUACUACGUGGCACGCAAGCCAAGCAUAAACCUGUGCGUUUACGGUGUUGUCAAAUCAUUGCUCUUAGUAUCAACUCGCUCGGUGAAAUUGAUGAGGAGCUCUAUCAACAAUUGAGAUCGGCAUUGUUUGGAAGAAUCAGAGAUAAGGAAGCAUCCGUUCGCAUUCAAGCAGCCACCGCUCUUUCCCGAUUACAGAGUGCCGACGACGAAGUCGAUCCAAAGGAUGGUCGUAACAUUGCUGGCAAACUAUUGUGGUUACUUCAACAUGAUCCUAGCGCUGAAGUUCGACGCGUCGUAUUGUUCAACCUUGACAAAACUGAUGAGACCAUACCAUACAUCCUCGAACGUGCACGUGAUAUUGACGGCAUCAAUCGUCGAGUUGUUUUCUUGAAGCCCAUGGCAGAGAUCGAUGAUUUCAGAACACUCACACUUCAACAAAGGAAUGAUUUACUCAAAUGGGGUCUCAAUGACAGAGAUCGGCUUGUCAGACGUGCUGCCAGCAGAAUGCUAGCUAAUCAUUGGAUUCGUCAUGCGGACAACAAUCUCUUGGAGUUUUUGGAGCGGUUGGAUGUUGUUGACAGCCCCAUUGCGGAUGAUGUUCUCACGGCUUUCUUGAAUGCACGCACCGAUAUUGUCAACUCGAUCAAAUUUGAAGAGCAAUUCUGGGAGAACUUAUCAACAGAGAGCGCAUUCAUGGCUAAGGUGUUUAUCAAGUUUCUUAAAUCACAAAAGAUGGAAGAGAAAUUGGAUGAGAUCCUUCCGGAAGUGACACGCCACGCUUUUUCAAUACAAAAUUGCUGGGAUAUACGCAAGAGUGCCGACGACGAUAUGCAAACCGACUACGAUUUUAUCAUUGUGCAGCUGUUGGAAAUUGCAAAAUGUCUUGAUUAUGCUGAUGAAGUUGGCAGGCGGAAAAUGUUUGUGCUACUCCGUGAAAUGUUGAUGGAUCAGCACUUACAUGAUGAAUACGUGCCAAUCAUUGUGGAGCUCUUUAAGAUUAUCUCCCCAGAUGAGCGUGAUUUUACACGGGUAAUGAUUGAGAUUAUUUCAGAUAUACAAGAGCUUUCUAUGCCGGAUACGGGUCACAUUGAGGAGGCAAGCACACCAUCGAAGAGGGCCCGUCUCGGUAGCGAUAAUGGCGAGCACAUACGGAUAAAAUCAGAAGAUGAGGAGCCAGCAGAUACCGAAAGCCGAUUAUUGAAAGGAAUGUUGCUUCAUCUCAAAUGCUUGACCAUUUGCCGACACAUGCUUGAAUUAUCGGAGGAGUCGCUGCAAAACAAUUCAACGCUCUAUGGUAUCUUGAACGAAUUGAUUGUGCCUUCUGUACAAAGCAAGGAAGUCGUUCUUCGUGAAGAGGGAUUGCAUUGCCUUGGUCUUGCUUGUGCUCUUGAUAAGAAUCUCGGCCACCAUAAUAUACCUCUGUUUGUGCAUUGUCUCAAGAACGGACACGAGCAACUUCAACAAAAGGCAUUGAUGAUUAUCUUUGAUAUGAUCAUGAUCUAUGGCUUGCCAUCUUUUCUCGAAAAGCUGGAAUCGGAGGAGGCUCUUGAUCAACUCUUUGAGUAUUGCUUAGACCAUGACAGUGUGGAAGUGCAAGGAAUCGCAGUGGAAGGUUUAUCAAAGCUUAUGUUGACACGCUCAUUCAAGAGCGAAGCAAUCCUCAAACUCCUUGUGGUGCUCUAUUUCUUCCCAACUACGAUUGAUGACAACAAAAUCCAGCAAUGUCUUAGCUACUUUUUCCCUGCUUACUGCUACUCAUCACAUGAAAACCAGCACGUGAUGGUCAAGAUUGCUAUCAAGGCAUUGAUGGAAUUAUGCGAUACAUAUGCUGAUUUGGAGAAAGAUGAACGCAUGGUGAACCCUGCCCAGAUUUCAGAUAUGCUGGCGGAUUGGACCGAUCCUCGAAGAAUUGCAUUGAGCAAAAUCAAAUUGGCUGAUGAGAACCAGGUCGAUCAUGAUGCACAUGCGGAUGUUGCUAUUGACGCUUUGGAAUCCAUUGUGAAGCAUGGUGGCUUGGUACGCAAAACGAUGGUGCAUUUGUUAGGCAAACUUCAUUUGGCUGAUGCAAGCGAUGAACGACUCAAAGCAAUCCAUCAACUGAUUGAGCAUAUUAACAAGGAGAAGCCAUUGAAAGAAACAGCUGUUGUGCGCAAUGCCUGGGCCAGGUUCUGCAAAUCGGUUGAGACGAUUAUUAGCAAAUCUAACAACGACAAUAACGACGAUGACAACAAUAAUGACGAUGACAGAGCCACCACCGAAUCAGCAGCUGGCGAGAAUAUCGAGGAAUCUUGUAGGCAAUCCACAACCAGCACUGAUUCAGGAGCUGCUGAAAGUAUCGAGACACCUUUACCUUCUUCUUCCAGUGUCGAUGAUGAGCCAGUAAAUAAAUAG